AUGAGUACGGACGCCGCUUCCCAUCUUGCACAAGUUCCGGUUAGCGACGUGUACGAUCCUGAUGACGUAUUACCAAGGAACAGCCCAUUGUUGGAGCCGCGACGCCCCAAGCUGAAACCAUCACCGAGUCCGGCUCCCACCCUCUCCCCGUCACCUGUGAGUCCUCCUAGCGGGAAAAAGUCCAAACGUCGGAGAGGACCGAGGCCGAGCCAGGGCGAUGUCAUCCUGAUCAGUCAUCUUGACGAAUACCGGCGCGGAACGGCAGCCUACGCAGCCGAUCUCAAUCUUGAGUGGACAUCGGAAACCGAAGACCCAGAAGACGCGGAGGACCAAGAGGACCAAAAGGACCCGGAGAGCCUGGACGACUCGGUAUUUCGCGCAGAUUCUAUGUCUGUCCGCGACGCCUCCCCUGAGGAGCAACAGGUUGACGGAGAGAAGGAUCGUGAAGGACCGAGUAGGAUAAACGGGGGAGAGACCGGCAUCCAGGGGAAGGCUUCAAGCGCUUCUACCGAAGAGGAUAUGGGUGCAUUGGAUCUGAAGUCUUUGGCGGCCGGCGCCCUUGCUGCGUUCACGGUACCAGAACCCGAUGCCGGGCCGACGCCACCGGUCACCGAGAACGAUGUGGUGGGCGGAAAGGCGCACUCAGCACCCACCGCCCCCAUGCCGAUACACACAAAACAACCUGAAUUUCGGGAAAAACGAGCGGCAUCCCCCGCUCGCUAUGCCCUCUCCUUACAGUCCCCACAGCAUGUAUUCGCCAAGGGAACCUGCCCACACGCCCUCAUCGCUCAAGAUGGAUAUGAGGUCACCGACUGCUAG